CAGGAAGUUCAGUCCUAAUGUUUGGCAGUGUAUUCUAAAGCCAGACGGUUAGCGUUUGUGGAUUUUGGAGCAACUCUUUGAAAUAUGUCCCAUACUAUUCUACUUGUUCAGCCUACCAAGAGACCAGAAGGGAGGACAUAUGCUGAUUAUGAAUCUGUUAAUGAGUGCAUGGAAGGAGUGUGUAAAAUGUACGAAGAGCACCUAAAGAGAAUGAAUCCUAACAGUCCAUCAAUCACAUAUGACAUUAGUCAGCUGUUUGACUUCAUUGACGACCUGGCAGAUCUCAGCUGCUUGGUGUACCGAGCUGACACACAGACAUAUCAACCCAACAACAAAGACUGGAUCAAAGAGAAAAUUUAUAUAUUGCUGCGCCGCCAAGCUCAGCAGGCUGGGAAAUAAAAUGCCCCAAAUAUGCUGUUCAGAGAGCUUUUACUUUUGAGGAAUUUGGCAGGGAAGUUGGACACUUUAAAGAGAAACUGUUUCUAAGCAUAUAAAUGAUCAUGGCCAGAUAAUUAGAUAACUAAUUCUCAAUUUGAGUCUUACAUAACCACUUUAAGUUCAUUAAGACCAUUGGAAAAAAAUUACUACUGGAGUUUAGUUCCUACCCCAAACUAACACACUAAGCUUAAUAUUUAGAUGACUCUACAGAUUGUUUCUAGCUGAACCAGGUAAAGUAAAGGGCUCGGACUUAGCUCUACAGGCCAGUAAAUGUAAAGCCUGAACUGUACAGUUCUGUGAUGCAUAUGACUAGAAUGAACUAGAAUGUCUACAUGAAAAUGUGAUUUGGAACUACUUUUGUUUUUAUGUGUACUGUUUUAAUUAAAAUUAUUUUUCCUGCUUGCAUUAAGUGGACAAGGAAAUAUCUCUUUACAGAUUUUACUCCUCCAUAAUUAAAUAAUUUCGUUUAAUCUG